AUGUCUAACGUCGUGAAGCGAUUCCAGAAUGUACAAUCAAAGUAUGCGAAGUUUAAUCCGGCCAAAGCGGCAGUGCUGUCGGCUGCGGGCACCGGAAAUAAUGGAUCGCCCGAGGGUUCGAUCUCGGAGGCUGGUUCCAGAACGCCGACGUCGGCGCUCGGCGUGGACUUCCAGGCGGCCAUUCUGGCGCAAAAUAUUGAGAAAGGCAAAAUACCACUCCUGCUUGCUGUCGAGGCUGGUAACCAGUCUAUGUGCAGGGAGCUCCUUUCGGCACAAACGGCAGAUCAACUGAAGGUGAGUAAAGCCCAACCAUUUAUCUCCCAAAACAAAUGACCAAACCAUGACCACAAACACACAAACAUAUCCCAUAAAAAACAAAUCCCACCUUCAGAACGAGAAAGAAAU